AUGGCAGCGAUAUCGAUCCCUCAGACACUCGACUCCUUCGAUGAGCAAUGGUCCCCACGGCUAGUCGCAUCUAUCAACGACCAGCAUGUCAAAGUAGCCAAGAUUGACGGCCCGUUCAUUUUUCACGCACAUCCUGACACGGACGAACUGUUUUAUGUUCUUUCUGGGAAAUUGACCAUGGAAAUCGAAGGGCAGGAAAGCAUUGAGAUGAAUCAAGGAGAUGUCUACGUUGUUCCGAAGGGCGUUCGGCAUCGCCCGGUCGCCCGGAAUGCGCAUAUUAUGAUGGUGGAGAAGGUUGGGACGGUGAACACAGGCGACGAAGAAGGGUCAGAGAGGACAAAGGCGGUUAAGGAUGCGAGGGGUGUUUCAUAG